UCAUCCAGUUAUCAGGCGAGUUCAAACGCCGCGCCCCCGAAUAAAGUUAUAACAAAAAAAGAUCGACGAGCACAGUUGGUGAAGCUAUUCAUUGUGGCGUUUGUUUCCAUUGGAACCGUUGCUCUCACUAUAUUCGAUGUGAUUCAAACAGCUAAAUCUCUAAAGAAGAAAAUUGAGCUGACUGAUAAAAUUCACGCGAGUAUUGAUGCAGCUAUGUUAAUUCAUAGUUUGCAAAGAGAGAGGAAUGACCGCAUUAUACUCCACUCAAAGUCUGUUGAACUCAGGCGGACGUAUGCUACGAGAAUUUCGGGAAAAAACGGAUGAAACUAUCGUUAAAUUGAAAACGAGAAAUGGUCGAAGCCUCGAUAAACUAUCGGACGGUAAAGAGCCAUUUGAGAACAUUUUAAAAGAGGCUAGGCGUAUAAUCGACGAAGGAGAAGCAUCAACUCUUGAUACUUUGCAGAAAUACCGAGAGUGGAUUGAUGAGCUUAUUUUUACGCUUACAGGAUAUUUGAGGUCGGAAAACUUAGGGGGAUACGCGCACUUGGUUUACGCAUACGAGCUUUUAAUCAUGAGUAAAGAAGAAGCUGGGAUGGAACGAGCACUUGGCGGUUUAAGAUUUAUGGAAGGAAAAAAUUUCAGUUAUGCAAACAUGACAUGGUACAUACAGAAAAGCACACUUGCCCAACAGUACCUCAGGAUCGGUUUCCUAUUUUCGAAUGAAAUGAAGGAAAUUCAUUCUUCUGUAUUCGCUAACAGUACAUACUUGAUGAAAAAAAUCGAAAGAAAAAGAAAGGUUUUAUUCAGCGAAUCUCACACAGAACCGUCUAAAAAGGAUGGUCUCGAAUGGUUUGAUUUGAUGACAAAAUACAAUAACUUGUUGUUGGAAUUACAGAUGCAGCAAGCUGACAUGAUUAGCACAAAGGUCGACAAGACAGUUGCUGAAAAUGCAAAUCAACUCAUUAUCCGGUCGAUGCUUUUGUGUUUUACCUUGAUUAUUGUGCCAGGUAUUAUUUUAUCGUUAGGAAGGGUCCAGAAACGUUUCUACGAAUACACAUUGUCAUUGUUCGAUAAAGUUGGUCUAGAGCAAGCGAGAACGGACUUUUUAAUGAGAGAAAAUUCAAGAAACAUUGAGAAUUUGUCACAGAAGUGGAAGGAUUUUUCCAAUCAUAACCAUGGCCCGAGUUAUAGCAACAGAGUUGCUCCCAAUGCUGUUGUAAAUUGUAGCCAGUGAAAAAAAUGCAGAAGAAGUGAAGAAAACUUCUUGUGGGUUAAUUGUUCGAAGUAUUUCGUGUUUUUAAGCAGUGGUGUUUCACCUAUCUAUAAUU